AUGGGGGCAAAAGGGCCUUGGAUUCAACUCCAGAAAUUUCUGGCCUCCUGGCUGGUUGGAGAGCAAGACUGGGACCAGCACCUGGACCAGGUCUACAUGUUGCAGCAGAAGAGGAUAUGGGAGUCUCCACUGCUUCAGGCAGCCAAGGAAAAUGACCUGUGUACACUUAAGAAACUUCUGUUGGAACAAAAUUGUGACUUUCGACAAAGAGGAGCCCUGGGGGAGACGGCACUGCACGUAGCAGCCCUCUAUGACAACCUGGAGGCCGCCAUGGUGCUGAUGGAGGCCGCCCCAGACCUGGUCCAGGAGCCCACCGUGUGUGAGCCUUUUAUAGGUCAGACUGCCCUGCACAUCGCUGUCAUGAACCAGAACGUGAACCUGGUGCGCGCCCUGCUUUCCCAUGGAGCCAGCGUCUCUGCCAGAGCCACAGGCACCGCCUUCCAACGCAGUCCCCACAACCUCAUCUACUAUGGGGAGCACCCUUUGUCCUUUGCUGCCUGCGUGGGCAGCGAGGAGAUUGUGCGGCUGCUCAUUGAGCAUGGAGCUGACAUUCGGGCCCAGGACUCUCUGGGAAACACAGUGCUGCACAUCCUCAUCCUGCAGCCCAACAAAACCUUUGCCUGCCAGAUGUAUAACCUGCUGCUGUCCUAUGAUGGAGGGGACCACCUGCAGCCCCUGGAGCUCGUGCCCAAUCACCAGGGCCUCACCCCCUUCAAGCUGGCUGGAGUAGAGGGCAACACUGUGAUGUUCCAGCACCUGAUGCAGAGGCGGAAGCACAUCCAAUGGACAUAUGGACCCCUGACCUCCACUCUCUACGACCUCACAGAGAUCGACUCCUGGGGAGAGGAGCUGUCCUUUCUAGAACUUGUGGUCUCCUCCAAGAAGCGGGAGGCUCGCCAGAUCUUGGAACAGACCCCAGUGAAGGAGCUGGUGAGCUUCAAGUGGAAGAAAUAUGGGCAGCCAUACUUCUGUAUCCUGGGUGCCUUGUACAUUCUCUAUAUGAUGUGCUUCACCACAUGUUGUGUCUACCGCCCCCUCAAGUUCCGUGUUGGCAACCGCACAAAUCCUCGAGAUAACAUCAUCUUCCAACAGAAACUACUACAGGAGGCCUAUGUGACUUACCAGGAUCACAUCCGGCUGGUCGGGGAGCUGGUGACGGUCAUCGGGGCUGUGAUUAUCCUGCUUCUAGAGAUCCCAGACAUUUUCAGAGUUGGUGCCUCUCGCUAUUUUGGACAGACAAUCCUCGGGGGGCCAUUCCAUGUCAUCAUCAUCACCUAUGCCUCCCUGGUGCUGGUGACCAUGGUGAUGCGGCUCACCAACACGAACGGAGAGGUGGUACCCAUAUCCUUGGCCCUGGUGCUGGGCUGGUGCAGUGUCAUGUACUUUGCUCGAGGGUUCCAGAUGCUGGGUCCCUUCACCAUCAUGAUCCAGAAGAUGAUUUUUGGGGACCUGAUGCGUUUCUGUUGGCUGAUGGCCAUGGUCAUCCUGGGAUUUGCCUCUGCGUUCUGUAUCAUUUUCCAGACAGAGGACCCAGCCAACCUGGGGGAAUUCUCUGACUACCCCACGGCACUGUUCAGCACCUUUGAGCUGUUCCUUACCAUCAUCGAUGGCCCUGCCAACUACAACGUAGAUCUGCCCUUCAUGUACAACCUCGCCUACGCCGCCUUCGCCAUCAUCGCCACACUGCUCAUGCUCAACUUGUUCAUCGCCAUGAUGGGCGACACCCACUGGAGAGUGGCUCAGGAGCGUGAUGAGCUCUGGAGGGCCCAGGUGGUGGCCACCACCGUGAUGCUGGAGAGAAAGAUGCCUCGCUUCCUGUGGCCUCGCUCAGGGAUCUGCGGGUGCGAGUAUGGCCUGGGGGACCGCUGGUUCUUGCGGGUCGAGAACCAUCACGACCAGAAUCCUUUGCGAGUGCUCCGUUACGUGGAAGCUUUCAAAUGCUCAGACAAGGAGGAUGGGCAGGAGCAGCUGUCUGAGAAACAGCCCUCGGUGACCGAGGUGGGAACUCUAGCCAGAGCCUCUCUGGUUCUUCAAACUCCGUCCCUGUCCAGGACCACAUCUCAGAGCAGCAACAGCCACCGGGGCUGGGAGAUCCUUCGUCGGAACACCCUGGCACACUUGAAUCUUGGACUGGACCUUGGUGAGGGGGAUGGAGAGGAGGUCUACCAUUUCUGAUGAGGAUUCCCUGACUCUUGGCCUGACUCCAGGUGGGCCUGGGUGGGGACAGAGAAGGAGAUGCCUGCUGAUGCAAGCGUCUAGCUUUCAUGCCUGUUAGUCACGAGAAGGUGUAGAUGGAACGGUUUCUAAAGGGCCAUACCAUAUUUCACCCAUCACGUCAGCAUCUAUGCAGGUGGGCGAUGGUCAUCGACUGUCCCAUGUAUCUUAUGGGUUCUUGGAAGUCUCAAGUCCUGAAAAUGGCGGGUAUCUUUCUGAGCAAAGUUGGACUAGAGACAUGAGAUAGGGAGGCCAGAUUGAUAUCUGGACCAUCUCUCUUCUGCCCCAGGCAGUCUUCAGAGAGUAGCAAGCAGUGCGGCCUGCCCAGCUCCACACAGCUUCUUAGGGGAAGAGCUAGGCUUGGCAUAAAACAGUGGCCUUUCUUCUUUUCCAAUCUCUCUGCUGGACUCUCUCCCACCUAGCAACCAAAGCCCAGCUAUGAAGCUACAAGAAGAAAGCUUCCAUAUCCUUGCUUUCUCUAAAUUUUCUCUUACUGUGGCUAAGUACAUAUAAUCUAAAAUUUACUCUUUUAAUUAUUUUUUAGAUGUACAUUUCAGUAGCAGGAAGUACAUUCACAUCGUUGUACAAAGUUUCAUCAUUUUGCAGAAGUUUAUCAUCAUCAUAGAUGAUAAGCCCACUAAAUAACAACUCCCUUCCAUUUCCUACCCCUGUUUCUAAUAAUUGAUGUUUUACUUGGUGUCCAUGACUUUGACUACUCUAAGUACCUCAUAUAAAUGAAAUCAUGCAGUUAAGUCCUACUGUAUCUCUCUAUCUUCAGUUAGCAUAAUAUUCUCAAGGUUCAUCCAUGCUGAAGCAGGUAUCAGAAUUUCAUUUCUUGUUAAGGUGGAAUGAUAUUUUGUUGUGUAUACGCACACACACACACAUCCCACAAUUUUUUUUAUCUCUUUAUUUAUCUAUAAAUAUUCAGUUAUUUCUACUUUUGGCUAUUGUAAAUAAUGCUGCUAUGAAAAUGAAUGUAUACAUAUCUGUUCCAGUCACUGCUUUCAGUUCUUUGGGGCAUAUACCUAGAAAUGGAAUUGUUAGGUCACAUGACAAUUCUAUGCUUACUAUUUUGAGAAUCUGCCAUACUGUUUUCCACCUUGGUCUUCAGAUUUGACAUUUCCUCCUAAUGAGUGUGAAAUGGUAUCUCAUUGUACUUUUAAUUUGCCUUUCCCUAAGUACUAAGGAUAUUGAACAUAUUGACAUGUAUUUAUUUAUGGGACAUUUGUAUAUCAUUGGGAAAAUGUCUAUUCAAUGUCUUUGCCUCAUUUCGAAAUGGGUUUUUUUUUGUUUUUAUGGUUGUUGUUAAGUUGCCUUAUCUAAUUUCUCUCCUGGUGUGUGUAUGUUUGUUUUUCUUUAAUUUGUUUUACCUAGUUACACAUGACAGUACAGUGAUCUUGAUAUAUCAUACAUUUGAAUCAGAUGGGAUAUAAUUUCUCAUGUUUCUGAGUAUACAGGUUGCAGAAUCACAUAGGGGUGGUGAAUGUUGACUUUCUCUGUUUGAAUGGCCCAAUCGCUUCUGCCAGAGGCUCCCUGCUCUAUCCUUCAGGUGGCUCAUUUGCAGCUAAUCAUCCUUGAGCCUGGAGGCAAAGGCUCCUGCUUUGUAUCCUGAAACUGCCUGGCUCCACACCCUUUUCCCUUUGCCCCUGUGCUGAGUUGUGAAUUGAACAGCAAGAAUAAAAGGCUGUCAUCUCUGCCAGGAGGGAAAUUUGGAACCAGGUGACCAGAUUACAGGAGCUCGUAUAUAAUGUCCCGCUUGUCCCCAGCCCUUACAUCUCAUCUCAGUCCUGUCAUCGCUUCUACAAAAAAAAAAAAAAAAAAAAAAA